UUAAUUUCUGGGGUCAUGGCUGCUCAGCUUGACUUCCCACCCCCACAUUUUACUCCCAGUUUUGGCUUCUGUGAUCCCGAAGCGCUCUUUUAUGUUGCCAAAUCACAGACUGAAGGAAGGCUUAUAUUUGGCACCCUUUACCCUGCAUAUUAUUCCUACAAGGCUGUGAAAUCAAAGGACAUUAAAGAAUAUGUCAAAUGGAUGAUGUACUGGAUUAUAUUUGCCCUUUUCACCACAGCAGAGACAUUCACCGACAUCUUCCUUUGUUGGUUUCCAUUCUAUUAUGAACUAAAAAUAGCAUUUGUAGCCUGGCUGCUGUCUCCCUACACAAAAGGCUCCAGCCUCCUAUACAGGAAGUUUGUACAUCCCACACUGUCUUCAAAAGAAAAGGAAAUCGAUGAUUGCCUGGUCCAAGCAAAAGACCGAAGUUACGAUGCCCUUGUGCACUUCGGGAAGCGGGGCUUGAAUGUGGCAGCCACAGCAGCGGUGAUGGCUGCUUCCAAGGGACAGGGUGCCUUAUCGGAGAGACUCCGGAGCUUCAGCAUGCAGGACCUCACCACCAUCAGGGGUGAUGGUACCCCUGCCCCCUCCAGCCCCCCACCACCGGGGUCUGGGCGCGCCAGUGGCAAACACGGCCAGCCGAAGAUGUCCAGAAGUGCUUCUGAGAGUGCUGGCAGCUCAGUGUGUACCUGCUGCUCUACCUGCAGGACCCGGAAAGUGGUUGAGGGAGAUGUGAAUGAGGGUGGUGUGAAGGCUUGGGAGACCCACCAGGUCCAAAACCCAUUGGCAUUUUCCGAUGAGGAGGAGGAAGACCUGCUGGAUUUCAUGUACAAGUAUAAGGCGCCUCGAAAGACGGAGUUUCCCCUGGAGGCACCGCCUAGAGUUCUUCGAUCCCGCUUUAGGAAGAAAAGUACCUCAUCCUCAGCCACUGAAACCACAGAAUGUCUCAGAUGUGCUUCUAAAGCUUCUAAAUGCAACUCCAGUGGAACAUCCCCUUCCCUGCAGGACGAUGGUCCAUCUUCUUCAGACAGAUGUUUAGUCAAUAGACCAGAGAUGUUUGGAAUGAAGAGACAAUAUCGUAAUGACAGAGAUGAGUGUAAUGAGACCAGGGGAGCAGCCCAGAAUAAGAGAAAUCACAAGAAGCUUGUCUCCCCCUGGAUUCUGGAUUAAGAGCUUCUGAAUCUUUUCAAGGGAUUUACCAAAGCCUGAGGCAGGUGGCUCAUCCUUGGUAAAACUGCCUGGGGAUGUGAAUUCACAGGGCUGUUGAGAGGAAUCAUUUGAGUGUUCCAAAAGUGUUGGACGAAUGACUGUUUCUCCUUCAUAGUAACCAGUUCUGUGACUUGUUUCCCCAGGUAGAAGAGUCUAUAAUCUGAGCAACUUGAUUAAGAGAAUACUAAGCAAAAACCAAUCAGUCAACCCAACCCAACCCAACCCAAACCUAAAACUAUGUUUCAAAUACAUCAUUAAAUAUUCUGAGACACUUGUCAUAACUCCGGGUUCUAGAAAGGUUUCAGAGGUUGAGAUAUUUACUGACUGGCUUGCUGCUCAGCUUCCUGGGCAGCUGUGGCUCACAUCCUUCUGUUCCCUUCCUGGCUUGUGCAGGAUGUGAGCAAGAGAAGUCGCGCCCUCACAGGCACUCCGUGUCUCACUGGACAUCGUAUGCAAGCUGGGAUUGCUUGGUAGAAUAGAGCGCUAGCUGAAGGGAUUCUCUGUUUAGACUGAGAACUUUACCUGAAAAGAGGAAUCUGGUUUAGAUAGCAUUUUGAUCUGAGGUAGCUCCUCCCCUCUCAGAGAGCUGAGCCUAAAUGUAGGACUUGUAUAUUCGUGCUUAAAGUUGGUGUUUUCUUUCAGUGUAAUGCAUGCAGUGGUCACAACCCAGUCACUUAUAAUAAUUCGAUUGUGUUUGUUCAUAGAUAUGCCCUGAAGAUUAGAGAAUUAGUGUUACGUACCACUUAGAACUUACUGUCAACCAGAUAUAAACUGGCCCAGUUAAAGACCGUUUCAUGACUGAGCUGCAUGAACAUAUAUAAGUAGUCUUUGCUGACGACACACUGGCUGGAUCUUAGCCACCUGAGAAAGGGUUUUACCUGAAGUUGAUUGUUGCCAGAUAUGCAUAUUUAAGUCCCUUCUUCCCACAAUUCCUCUGAGGGUGACUUUGUGAUUUACAAUAGGAUUUAGGAAAAUAAACUAAGAGCAAAUUUGUGGUUCAGAGGGCUCUUCACUGUCUGUGCCCCACACCCACCAAUACCUAAACCCUUUAGGGAAGACAGAACAUCUGUUUCUUGACGCUCACUGAAUGGUUUCAGAGGAAAAAUAUCUGCUUUAAAUGUAUUUACCUGUUAGUUGGGAGUACCCAGAAUUACCAGAAGCAGCUUAACUUAAGCAGCUUUUAAGCAAUUUUUUUUUUUUUGCCAAAAAAACAAAUGCCUUUAGCAGCAGAGAUCCUUUGUGAACAAACUAUAUUUUCACCAUUUUACGAUGUAAAGUUUUAACAAGUACAAGCUAUCAAGUUUGCACUCAACUAUGCCAAAAACAAGUUUGAAGCACUCUACUCUCAGACAUGCUGUAUUACUUCUCAUUCAAGAUUAAAAAAAAUAUAAAGGUAUCCAAACUGCUGUCUUAAUGUAAAUGUAACUAUUGUUCCUUCAAGUGUUGAUUAGGGAGUUGGUUUCUCUCUUAAAAACACUCACUGUACAAAUGAGAGCAGCUGUCAUAUUUCUGGCAAAAUGUGUUUACUUAUCCAACAAGCUGUAUAUUUGUGUAUGGACUGAUAUAAAAUGUGAAUGCCUCAAAGUGUACAUGUAGUGGUGUGGUGUUCUGUCUAGAGGAUAUAACUGAACAUUUUUAAUUUGCUGAUUUACAGACACAGGCUGUUUACAAAAUGCUAGCUCAAAAGUCUGUACUUUUCAUGUAAUAACUUUUAGUUAUUUGCCGUUGGGCACCUGUUGUGUUUCUGAGGAGGGGAGAUGCGGUGGUGUACUUAGACACUGGAGAACUUCGUCAUAAUCCCUCCUGGCUUUGUGUGAAUAGCUUGCUCACUUCACUGGCCUCUGAAAUGUGUGUUCUCUACAGUAAACUGUCUGUGUGUUUGUGAUAACAGUGCUCGUCCACCAUGAUCACUGCUGAGUAUCUCCUAGUCCUCACCUUGCACAGUAUUUGACAUGGCAGAGGAUGGGCUUCAUUCUCCAACAGCACACACUCAGAGAGCUGACCUUCUGGAUGGUGACCGUGCAAUUUCUCUAGUUUAUUUCCUGUAGUCCCUAUAGAAUGAUCUGUAAUAAAAUAGUAUACUGGACUGUGCAUCAAAGGGUGUAAAAUUACAGUAUUCCAAAGGUUGAAGUUCUGCUGUUUUGUUAUAAUGCCUGAUAUAUAUCUUGAAUAAAGUCUUAACAUUUUUCUUUUAAAAAAA